ACAACAAACGGCGUAACCAGUCUUCACUUUUGUUACAAUUUCAGGUCUUAAUUGUUGACUCUAGGAAUGAAUUGAUUGUUUGUAAUGAUCAGGGUGGGCAUAUUGAGUUGAUGAGUUUUUCGAAAUAAAUUACUGUUUUUAUCGACUUGUCGUACAAAAAAUGACAAAAAUGAACGACGAUUUGAAGUUUAUCAUAGCUGAGCUGAAUAAGAUAUUCAAGAAAAUUCAUACAUUUAUUUCUUUCAAGUCGGUGCAGUCGGGAGAUUUAUUACAGAGUGUGAUGUCUGCGAGCUAAAUCAGUCAAUGAAUUGAUCCUGGAUCGUCCAACAACGACGUUUUGAACAGUUCAAUUAUCGGAUAUUUUUUCAGCAAAAAAUUCAGAGGAUCUGAGUUACCAUGGAAUGUACCAUAUGACUUUAUUUUCCAGAUAUUAAGUGAUGUUUUGUCGGACGUGACGGAGACUCCCAAAGUCGAUAUGAGGGACGAGAAUCUGGAUCAAUCAGCAGUGAGAAUACUUACGAUUCUGCGAGUCCUGAAAUAUCAACCCAGUAAAGAACCUACUCUGUUCAGACAGAGAUUGGUGAAAGGAGAUCAAGAAACUAUUUAUGAGGUUCUAAAAUGGUUGUUCACCAACAAAGACAUUGCAAGGCAACGUGCGUAUCUGUCAAGAUUUCUAGUGAAGGUGGAAGUUCCCCCGGAAUACCUGGCCGACCCGGAAACCGCAGCGCUGUACGAGCGCUACGAGGCCCUCAUAGAAGACUUCAAGAUGGUCCAUAAAGAGCGUGAAGCUGGCCGAAAAAGUGGUGAAGCAGCAACAGAACUAAAAACCGAUCUAAAAGCUAUGGAGAAAGAGCGUGAGGUAAUACUGGAUCGUCUCGAGAAGGUAAAAGUUCGUACAGAAUCAAACUCCCAUCUUCUGAAAGCUGCGAAUGAACUUCGCUCAGAACGCGACAGAGAUCAUGAACUGUCUCUCCAAAGGGUCCAGGAGAAAGAAGCAAUAUCAAAUAUCCAGGUAUCUCUGGAACGGGCAGAGCGAAAGCUUCAUCUGCUCCAGGAAGCGGGAGUGGAGCUUUCUCCGCAAGUCUUGGAGCAAAGACUUACGGAGGAAGUGAUGCUACUGACAGCGGUGAAGAACGAGAGGUUGCCAGCAGAGUUGGCGGCUCUGAAGUCACAAGUUGAGGCUCUGAAUGCAGUGGCGAACACUUACGCAGGUCCUGAUGAUAUAAUAAAAUUGCGACAGAAGCUUGAUGUCUUGGCUAGAGAAGUUCAAGCUCUAGCUGAGACGAAGGUCAGUGAGGGUGGAGCUGAUCAGAUGGCACCGUUCAGGCAGCAGGCCGCUGCAAUUGCGGGAAUCAAGAGGAAUACUUUAGAGCGUCUCGAGAAGACCGAACGAAAUGUAGAAGAAUUAAUGAACAAACUGGAGGAAAAAAAAGAGACGACCAAAAGACUCGGUCAAGACUCAGUUCCCAAGGGAGAGGAGCUGAAGCGAUAUGUCGCUAGGCUGAAGACGAAAAGUGUUCUUUACAAGAAAUGUAGAACAGAACUUGGGGGACUGCGAGCUGAGGCUGGAGUUCUCAGCAGAACUCUUGCGAUACUUGAUGGUAAACUUGGUAAAGUCAAAACUAGGGAGGAUGAUAAGGAAGAGCUUGGGAGGGAGGGUUCCCUCCCGGAUGGGUACUCGGAAGAUACCGCUGAGGAGACUAAUAAGAGGCUCAAGAAGGAUGUGAUGGAUUUCAAGGCUAAACUGGCGCCGUUAUUGAAUGAACUGCAGCCUUUGAGAAUCAAAGCACAAGACUUGGACGACAGAUAUGAAUCAGCCCGGCGGAGUCACGAAGCUGUGGAAGCGAGUAUCAAUGGAACGGUUUCAACUCUCUCCGAGGAAGUUAAAACACUUCAAGAAAAUUUCGAUAGGGACAAUGGAGAGCUGAUGCAGCUGAGAGAUGAGAUCGCUAAAUUUCGAUUGGCACAAGAAAGAGUUCAACAGGAAAUGCGAUUGUACGCGAGUCACAGUGGUGGUCCGUCCUUCAGAGACAAGUUAAAUGAAUCGAUUAUCGCUGAAGAGAAGAAGUUCAAGCAGUUGAAGGAGGAAGAGAAAAUAGUGCGAGAGCUUGUGGAGCGGAAUGAGUAUCAAACCCACCAGUGGAAUCAUCUAAUAGCGAUCUUCGAGUGUAAAUUACACUACAUGCAGGAGAGCAAAAAACGAGACGGAAUCGUAGUCCGUAAUGAAGGCACUGAAACGUUAAUACUUCAGUAAUUUUUAGGCUUCGCCAAAGAAGUGCUAUUGAAUUCAGAUCUGGUUAAAUAAAUUGGAUAUCAUAGAAUCUACUGAGCGUCAUGAAAAAUGUUUGAGUGACGUAACAAAAAACGAUUAUUGCAUUCACCAUGUUGUUAUUGUUUUUAUGUAUUCCA